CGUGUGUCGAUAUGGCAGCUGCUUCGAUGACUGAAAAUUUUCAUUUUGGUGGAAAAUAAUACAUAUUACGGUGCUAAUGGAGAAUUGUUAGAUAUUGCUCAUAGUAGUUUGCUUUCCGUUGGAAGUGUUAACGAUUAAUUGAUGGAUUGGUUCAUUUUUCAAAGUUCUAUAGUCGUAAAAUAGGCGAUGUAAAAAUUCCUUGAAUUCGUGAAACAGGGUGGAUUUGUUUUUUCACCCCUGCAGCACUAAAAUGCCAUUUGAAAAUUUAUUAUAAGCGGUGAAAAUAACUUCGGAUAGUUAACAAGUAGAAUAAAGUUAUCGUUUGUGCAGUGCAGUGGAAUUCUAAAGGAAAUAUAAAGAAUGUCUUCCGAUGGAACGAGCUCAUUUUUCGGAACAUGGGAGAUCAUCGAAUCUCACCUCGAUGGGACGGCAGAUAAACUAGGAUUGGAAGGGGUAAAGUUUCGAUUGGACGAAAUGGGGGACAUCAUCUGGUACAACGAUUUGGUAAACACAAACCAAAGCUACGAUGACCCAAAGAAAGCCAGCUUCGAAUCGAGCUUCUGUCCCAUCAACGAUUCGGCAACGGUAUUGUUCAGCUGUGAGACCUUCGAGGUUCUCGAACUUAGCUCCAACGGGCCGGGUUUGAUUUUCGGAGCGUACACUGGCCACAGCAUCGAAUUUACGGCCAACACACGGAACCCUACCGAUCGUAUGCUUUUGAAGUGCGAAGGCUGGUGCCAAUUGGUUUGCAAACGAGUAAAGGACGACCAAUCGAUUGGCCAGGAGAUCCCAUUCACGCUGCUGUCCGUGCUGGAUGAUGGUAAUUUCUGUGAUGUCACGUUGAAGAGCUGCGAUAAUGUUAUUUAUAAUGUUCACUCGCCAAUAUUGCGUUUAAAUGGCUUCGAUUGCAGUAGCAUGGCAGCUGCAUCUACAUAUCACAAUCUCGUCGUCGGGGGAGCUACAGGUGAUCGAUCCCAUCCACCUUUAAUGAAAGUGUGCUCAGUGCCAUGCGCAAAAUCUCCUAAAGCAUCAACCCAACAUAUCAGCCAACGGCCCAGUCCGACUGCAACUUGUAACUUUCUUCUUCCGCCAACGUUGGACGUUUACAACCUAUCGCCAAAGCUUGCCAAUAUCUCAAACUCAUUCAAUUGUCUUACGGCAAAUGAUUCCAUAUUCCUGGAUGUGCCGAAAAAGCAUCACGUUUUCUCCUCCGAUUCCAAUCUGAACUCAGAUCGAAACAUAUUCUUCUUCCCCGCUCCAAGUGCUCUAUCCGGCAUUCACGAUCCUUUGCAGCGCACCGGAAAGUUCAAAAUUCCAUCAUCCCCAUUCCGAGCGCGUAGUCCGUCUCCUUUUCCGUGUUCGUUGGAUACGCCACCAUCCUCUCCAUUGACGCCAUUGUCCGUUUUGAAUAACAUCCCAUCGAAAAUGCUUUCAACCAUAUUACACUGGCUGUACUGUGAAAGCCUUCCCGAAGAUCUGGACGAGGAGACGUGCACCAGCUUGUUGGCGAUGAGCGAAAGCACGACCCCCCUGAGCCGAAUGACCGGUCCUUGCAAGAAUUUCCUGCGCAAUAUUCAGCUGAAGAAAUUUGUCAUCGACAUAGUUUCAGAUCUUCACGACAGCUUGAACCACGUGAUCCAAAUGGUUAAUCCGAGUACGAUUUCUCACAGUCCCUGCGUUUUGUGCCAGAUAUUCAAGGAAGGAUUUAAGGAAGCAUUGAUUGCGAUCGUGAAACUUAUCCAGUUUUGCAACAUCUUUACAAAAGACGCUACGACUUUCACGCGUUUUCAACGACACGAAAUUAUCAAAUAUGUUCGCGCCAGGACACCGGUUUUCCUGUCCCAGUUCCACCAGUUACUGCAGAACAUAAACAUCGUUCUAUGUUCGUUGACGAAUGAAGAGAAAAAUGAUCUGGUGUCCUAUUUGGUGCCCGAAAUAAUUUAUGCAUUGGAGGUUCUAGCGGCUUCAAUAACAGAAAUUAAAAAUUCACUGGAAAUCGUUUGCAAGGACCUCAAGGCAACACCGGAUGCACGUGGCAGCUCAAGCGGAUCUUCAAGCGGUUUACGAGAUGGUCGAGCAGGGCGCACCAGAACACGUAGUUCGUCUGGACAUUCGAGCAAUAUUGGCCAAGGGCCAGCUAGUCCUUCAGCUGGAAGCGGCGAGUCUCGAUUCAAUCAAAACUCUGAAAGUGAUCUCAAAUUUUUCCUGUACAUGUACGAGGUCAAAAAGAUGCGGGACAUUUACGGGAAGGUUUGCGGUGCCUUGGAGUUCAUACUUCGCUCCAGAGCAUCGUUCAACGAAAUGAACCAUUUGCAUCAGCAUGCAACCGUCAGAUCGAACUUGGAGCAGAUUACCCACGAGGUGCCAAUCUACAUUGCGCGUCUUGAGGAACUGUGUGAUAUUAUUGAUGAACGAAUCGGUUGGAAAGAAUUCAAGUUCUGUUUCAAGUUUCUUACGAGCCAGGUGAAUGGAAUAAUCACGAAACUUCUGGAGCAUAAGUCUGCCUUACACGAUGCGAUGUUAUAUGUGUCCAAUCUGGUACAGAAAGAUCAAUUCACUCGUGCCCUGUUAGAGUUAGGUCUGCUGGCAAACCAGAGUAUAGACAGCGGCGGGUAUGGAGAUCCUCGGCCGUGUCCAAGCAGAUACCAAGACUACAGUAGCACAAAGUUGAAUCUGGUGCAAAGCUUAUGCGAGCCUCCCUCUGCGAUAAACAGCAGUCUUUCGAAGAAUGCCUUAAAAUUGCUGCAUUCGGGUCAACUGGCAGACAUGGAGUUCGAGGUGGUCGUUUCGCCUACCGAUUGUCAAAAUGAAAACAUCACAUUCGAUUUCAGCCCAGACGAUGCACUGCUUCAGAACGAUAGCGGAGCUGCUGUAUGUGGGACACCGGUUAAGAAUCAGUCACAUACGUUCAAAGCCCACAGAGUCAUAGUUGCUGCUCGGUGCGAGUGGUUUAAGAAGGCUUUACUGUCCGGAAUGCAGGAGGAUAUUAAUAGGAAAAUUGUCAUUCACGACACAUCGCCUGUGAUAUUUCGAAGAUUGCUCCUGUACCUCUAUGGUGCACCCGUUGACAAAUCCGUUGGGGUAGAUCAAAUAUGUGAACUGAUGCUGCUAGCUGAUCGUUACUCAGUGGACAACUUGAAAGACAUAUGUGAAAAUACUCUUAUAGCGUCAAUCGAUAGUGAAUCCGUGAUCUACAUGUUUGGAAUAUCUGACCGUUUCAACGCCUCUUCGUUGAAGGCAAGUUGCCUAUCGUAUCUAUCACAGCAUACAGAAUUGACCAAACUAGAGAUAUUCAACGAGCUUCCAGGAUAUCUUCAGAAUGAGGUUCAAGACUUAAUAAGAUGGUGUGGACGCGUACCGGAACCUUGGAGUGAACGAUCGGAUCGUACGCGACGGAGCUUGAAAAGUCCUUCGCGGUCAAAGUCAUCUCGUUCGAGGAAAACGUCCCCUUCAUUCAUGUGACAAUGAUGCGUAGAGCCUAUCGUUCUACCCGCAGGGGUUCACUGACUGUUUCUUGUAUAGUGCGUGGUUCUUUACAUCUCUUCAACUGGAAUAUAACUACUGUGAUGUGUCGUAGUAUUAAGACACGAAGGUAAACGAAUAAUGUGACGUCUCGAUCGUCAUAGUGAAAGACUUUCGAUAGCAAUGAGCGGAUAAUUGUAGUAUACACGCAUUUUCUUCAACUGUUUAUAGCAAAAAAAAUUGUAGAUAGUGUUUUUUCAAUUCAUAAACAAAAUUAUCAUCCACAUAGAACAAUAUCGAAAAAUAGCAAAAAACUACAAUAUACUAACUUUAGUCUUUCAAUUCUGUAAAAUAAAAUACAACCCAAGACAAGGAAUAUGUAUGACAAACAACUAUUUUAGUUAAUUUUAUGUAAAGCGAUGUGUACACAUGAGAUUGAAUAGCAUUCAAAUAAGAUAUAUGUUCUAUUUAUUUUUUCGUCAUAAAUCAGAGCGCAAAGAGACAAGUGGAAGCGAAUGUAGCUAAAAAUGAUGUCGAAUGAUUAACACAAUUUCGUUUUGUCUUUGUUAAUUUGAUAAGCAAUGUGAACAUUUUUUCAUUAAAGCCCAAGCUCAUCGACUUCUUAAAUUACAUACAAAGAAAUAAUUUCAUAAACAACUAUUUGGAUGCUAUUAGUGAAUCCUGAAGUGAGAACUGUUUUAUUCCACUGUUUUAGAUGUUCAGAUAAUAAAAUUUGAU